CUGGCAGACAACAGAUUCAGGCUGUUGUUGGGAAACAUUUUGCUUUUUUGCUUAUUGUGGUUUAGUGGUUGAAAUCCAACCACUGAACUGCUAAAAUUCAAAUUUUUGCUCCCCUCCCAACGUCAACCAAGAGAUUCCGAAGGUCGUUGUGGCUCAGAAGGGUGGGCGAAAGUAGCAUGGCACGCUCUUCCAUCUCCAGCUUGCUGGUGGUGUGCACCUUGCUCGUUGCAUCGCGGUUCUGCUUCAUAGGCGGAUUCUCGGCAGCACCGAGGAGCCUGACCAGGCGUGAGGCGACCCAAGUCGGCACGGUGGAGGUCGAGGUGACAGAUGUCGCUUCUGAGAAGAACUCGUCCUUGCCAGCAGCGAGCGCGACCAAAUCGGAGGAGGAGAAGCUGAUCCGUGCAGCAGCUAAAACGGCAGAAACCAAGCAACGAGUGGCGGAAAAGAAGCAGAGGCUGCAGGCCGAAGCACAGAGAACGGCAUCAGAGUCAGGAGAGAGUGACUUUGAAUUGAUUGAUUGGAUGGCAUAUGCUGCAGAAGCGAAAUCUAUGGCAGAGGAGGCGGGAAAGGAAGCCCAGAAGCCUGGAAAGGAAAGGGCAUUUUUCCGAGCAAAGGAGUUGGGCUUCCAGGCAGCAGGUGCUGGACUGGAGGCUUUGGCUGGUCUUCCCCCGCUGGUUCCCGUGGCGGGUGCAGCUGCCUUGGCCUUGCUCUUGCUGAUUGGCCUGGCCUCUCCGCGUGACAAGCCGGCCCCGCCCCCGGCGGUGAGAGCUCCUGUGGCGUCAGUGAUCAGUGUUGAGACUUCCAAGACGGCGCCUUCCAUGCCUCCAGCAGCUUCUGUGGCGACAUCGACGGCUACUCGAGCAGCUGCUACUGCCGCCGCGCCGGCAGACUUGCCGUGGGCGCGCAGCCUGGCCAGCACUGCCGCGAGCGCGCUACGCUCAGCGGCAGAUGGGCUUCCUGUGGCGGAGAAGGUGGUGGAGCAGGAGCUGCCGGUUGCCCAAUCAGCGCUGCAGUGGGCCUCCGGGGUCACUCCCGACAAUGCAAAGGAGAAGGUGGAGAAGGAAGCGGUGCCUGCGUUGGGCCGAGCUGCCGCAGAUGCGGUGCGUGCCGGAUUGCGGGUGGGUUCAAGUGGCCUCGACUUAGUGGGCAAGAACCUGCCAGCCGCAGAGCAAGCCGUGGGCUCGGCAGUGGACAAAGGCUUGCCCUACUUCCAAUCAGCCCUGCACGAAGCGGCUUCCAAUGCCCGGCGCCUGUCCACGCAGAAGCUGGAUCUUCCAGAGCAGGAAGCCGUACAGGGCGUGGCGGCUGCAGCGCCAGGUCUCCUGAACGCCGCAGCCAACUUCUUGGAUCUCAGCGCGGACGCGGCGCCCCAAGUGAAGUCCGCCGUGGGCUUUGCCACCGGGGCCGUGACGCCCCUGGCGCAGACUGCGCUGUCCGUGGCCUCCAACUUGGCGGACAAGGCGGCGGACGUGCCGCAGUCCACGGUGGAAGAAGGCGUCUCCAAGCUCGUGGACACCGUGAAGACGGUGCCCGAGGCGGCGGAAGGCGCGCGCCAGCUCUUGGCCGAGCUGAAGUAGCUGAAGGAACCGAAGGUGACAGCUUUGUGAUGAUUCCACUUUUUGCAUGAUCUACUUCUGCCUUUUCCCAGUGAUGCAGUCGCAUGCAAUUGGCAUGACAGAUUGUUUUUGAAGGUCAAGGAAGCAUAAUGGAGGGCACGUGCACAAUUUUCCCACAUCCACGCAGCGUGUCUUCCUAAUGCGAUCAGCAGAGCCAAGUGUCGAC